AUCGAGGAGUCUUAUUCGGGAUCCUACUAUAAUAAUGAAUGGAGACUCGUAGUAGGCCUACACUGUAAAGUUUUGUAUCAAAGUAGUUUGAAGUUCGCCUCAAUCAGUUGGAUUUACAGAAAGAAAUGGAUUGGCUGCGCAGCUCCGACUCAAUACUUAUGGAGAAGAAACAGAUCGAUACUUCAUAGCUUUUGGACUGAUACAGUUUGUUUCAAUGGCGUGCAACAGAUGCAAAAUUCAACAGUUGAUCAAUUAAUGCAAGAUACAGCGCGAGUGUUAGGCAGUGUGUGGUUUUGCAGUAGCUGAGUUUGCUAUUUGUCAUGUGAAUUGACAACAUCUGGAAUGUAACAUUUAUCGUUACGCGUGUUGAGAGCAAUCCAAAAAGAAGAAACAUUGAAUUAUUUCUCUUGGACUGAGCUGUCAUUUUGCGUUACCAUGGGGAAUAUUGAGAGUGUUGAUGGACAGUCUGAAAUGAAGCAUCACAUAAUGCCACUGAAAGUCCCCAUGCCCGAUCCAAUGGAGCUAGAGGAGAGAUUUGCAUUAGUUUUGAAUUCUAUGAACUUACCUCCCGACAAAGCACGGCUCCUGAGACUGUACGACAAUGAGAAGAAGUGGGAUCUCAUCUGUGACCAAGAGCGCUUUCAGGUGAAGAACCCACCACACACAUACAUCCAGAAGCUGCGGGGGUUUUUAGACCCUGGAGUCACACGCAAGAAAUUCCGCAGGCGGGUUCAGGAAUCCACCAAGGUCCUGAGGGAGCUGGAGAUAUCACUGAGGACCAACCAUAUAGGGUGGGUGAGAGAGUUCCUCAACGAUGAGAACCGGGGCCUGGACAUCCUGGUGCAGUACCUAUCCUUUGCACAGUGUGCUGUCAUGCUGGACUUUGAGGUGCUGGAGAGCGGCGAGGACGGCACCCUGGACAAGGGCAGGUCCUGGAGCAGGUCCAUCGAGGAUCUGCACCAGAAGCGUACCGCCAGCCCUUCUGCAACUGCAGCUGGUCGGAAACGCGCCAGUCCUUAUGGCACAGCCACCAACAGCAAAACCAUCAAGAACUCCCGGCUAGUGAGCCAGAAGGACGACGUGCACGUCUGCAUCAUGUGCUUACGAGCCAUCAUGAACUACCAGUAUGGCUUCAACCUGGUUAUGUCCCACCCCCAUGCAGUCAAUGAGAUUGCACUGAGUAUGAACAAUAAGAACUCCAGAACAAAGGCCCUGGUGCUGGAGCUGCUGGCUGCUGUGUGUUUGGUGCGAGGGGGGCAUGAGAUCAUCCUGUCAGCCUUCGACAACUUCAAAGAGGUGUGCAAAGAGAAGCAUCGUUUUGAGAAACUGAUGGAGUACUUCCGCAGUGAGGAGGGCAACAUUGACUUCAUGGUGGCCUGCAUGCAGUUCAUCAACAUCGUGGUCCACUCGGUGGAGGACAUGAACUUCCGGGUUCACCUGCAGUAUGAGUUCACCAAGCUGGGCCUGGACGACUAUCUGGAGAAAUCGAAGCACACAGAGAGUGACAAGUUGUCGGUGCAGGUCCAGGCGUAUCUGGACAAUGUGUUUGACGUGGGCGGACUGCUGGAGGACGCGGAGACGAAGAACGUGGCCCUGGAGAAAGUGGAGGAACUGGAGGACCAUCUGUCCCAUGUGACGGAAAAGCUGCUGGAGGUGGAGAAUGAGACCAUCAUGAAAGUGGCCGAGUUGGAGAAAACACUCCUGCAGAAGGACAAGGAUCUCCUAGCCAUACGGGAGACGUACGAGUCGGCCAGCACCCAGGUGCACACGCUGCGGCGCAUGAUGAAGGAGAAGGAGGUGGCCUUCCAGCGGCAGGCCAACAUCGAGAAGCGCCUGCUGGAGCUGGAGCAGCAGGGCACUAUCCGCCUGCGCAAGAAGCCCGACGGCGACAUCUCCAUCGAGGCCCUGAGCGCUGGGGGCAGCGGGCCGGCCGGCGCAGCGGGGGUCCCCCUCGGCGAGCUUGGAGGCGCCCUCUAUGCCGGAUUCCCACCGCCACCAGCGGACGCCCUGAGCGGCAGCUCCAUUCCCCCCAUGGUUGAAGCGGCGCCACCCCCACCGCCACCCCCUCCACCCCCACCACCACCUCCACCACUUCCAGGUCCCAACUGUAUGGUCCCCCCACCCCCUCCUCCUCCUCUGCUCGAUGGUCCAUCUAUGGUUCUCACGACUGGCCUAUCAGCUAUCAGGAUAAAGAAGCCCUGGAAGACCAAGUUCCGCCUUCCUGUCUUCAACUGGACAGCGCUGAAGCCCAAUCAGAUCAAUGGCACCGUUUUCAAUGAGAUUGAUGACGAGCGAGUGCUUGAGGAGCUGGAUCUUGAGAGGUUUGAGGAGCUCUUUAAGACCAAAGCUCAGGGCCCUGUGGUGGACCUGAUCAGCAAUAAGAGCAAGGUCUCUCAGAAGGCCAUCAAUAAAGUCAGCCUGUUGGACGCCAACCGCUCCAAGAACCUGGCCAUCACGCUACGCAAGGCUAACAAGCCCACAGAGGAGAUCUGCAAAGCCAUCCAGAUCUUCGACCUGAAGGCGCUGCCGGUGGACUUUGUGGAGUGUCUGAUGCGCUUCCUGCCCACGGAGUCGGAGGUCAAGGUGCUGCGGCAGUACGAGCGUGAGCGUAGGCCGCUGGACCAGCUUGCUGAGGAGGACCGCUUCAUGCUGCACUUCAGCAAGAUCGAGCGCCUCACCCAGCGGAUGAACAUCAUCACAUUUGUGGGCAACUUCACAGACAACGUCAACAUGCUGAUGCCGCAACUGAAUGCAGUCAUUGCAGCCUCAGCUUCAGUCAAGUCAUCCCCCAAGUUAAAAAGAAUGCUCGAGAUCAUUUUAGCCCUGGGAAACUACAUGAACAGCAGCAAGAGAGGCUGUGUUUAUGGAUUUAAACUCCAGAGUUUGGACUUGCUGCUGGACACUAAGUCUACAGACAGGAAGAUGACCCUCCUUCACUACAUUGCUCUGAUCGUAAAGGAGAAAUACCCUGAUCUGGCUAACUUCUUCAAUGAGCUGCACUUUGUGGACAAAGCUGCUGCCGUAUCCUUGGAGAAUGUCUUGAUAGACGUGAGGGAGCUGGGGAAGGGCAUGGAUCUGAUCAGGAGAGAGUGCAGUCUCCAUGACCACUCCGUGCUCAAAAGUUUCCUGCAGACCAACGAUACUCAGCUGGACAAACUGCAGAAGGACGCCAAGACAGCAGAGGAGGCCUAUAACAACGUGGUGCACUACUUUGGGGAGAGUCCUAAGACGACUCCGCCUUCUGUGUUCUUCCCGGUGUUUGUUCGCUUUCUCAAGGCCUACAAGGACGCGGUGGUGGACAACGAUCAGAAGAAGAAGCAGGAAGAGGCCAUGCGCGAGAAGCUCCUCGCUCAGGAGCAGAAGGAGCAGAACCCCAAGGCCCAGGUUCAGAAGAAGCGGCAGCAGCAGCACGAGCUGAUCGCCGAGCUCCGGCGGCGGCAGGCCAAGGACCACCGGCCUGUCUACGAGGGCAAGGACGGCACCAUCGAGGACAUCAUCACAGAUCUCCGAAGCCAGCCCUUCCUGCGAGCUGACGCGGUGAUCCGGAAUGGGUGGAAGCGACCCUAAACACCCUGUCCCCCUCCUCCUCGUCCUCCUGCUUACACCCCCACCCCUGGGUGCGCUCCCUCAACCCCGUGUGCUCCCCCUCCUGCCCAAUGUUGCCUCUCCCUGCAGAUUACACUGACUAAAAGAAGACAGAAGCAUUGUGAUGGGUUUGUUUUUUAAACAUGUGGGUGGUGCAUUUCUUCAUUCAUUUAUUUAUUUAUGGGAUUAAAUUCCUUAAUGGACACUGUACUGGAGGCUCUCUCCCCCGUCUGCUACAAAAAAACAGGCUUAGACAAGAUGGAGUAUACCAUAGCUGGGCGACCACCUCUGCUCUACAUGCAAACAGAGAAGCACACACUUGGACACACACACACCGAGUGAGAGACACACUCUCACACAAGCUGAAGUGUGUGUUUAGAGUUUGCCAACACAGGAAAGAGGGGUUCUGUGGGAACUGUGUGAAUGAAGUCCAUUUUGUAUCCCGAACGUCCAGAGGAACUGUUGACAAAAUGGCCAGAGACAGACAGUGCGUCGACCCUGAAGUGCCUGCCAGCAAAGAUCCCAUUUCCACUAACAUGGAUUUCCUCAUAUUGUGCAAUCCAAGCAGGACUGUUUCUGUGUAUCGGAGGACAGUAAAGUCAAGGUUCAGAGGCAGAGCAGUGAAACCCCUAUCUGAAGUUGCUGUGGGUUGCCAGGAGAUUGGUCUCCUCUCUCUCUAAGGGACAGCAGCCUAGCAUGGGAAUUGAUUGGUAAUGGCUAAGCUAGUCAAACCAAACCUCUGUUUUGUUACUCAGUUGUCCUUUUAUAGAAGUGCCUUGUUAUUGUGUCAGUAUUAUUUCUUAAAUAUGUUGUUUAAGUCUGGUUACAAAUAUCUGUUUUUUAAAUGUGCUUUGUAUAAUAACAUUGCUUAAAGUGCUGUACAUACAUAUGCAAGUUUUGAAGUUGAGUAGCAGCUUUAAUUAGACAGGAUGUGCAUUCCUACGAUGAAUUUGAAGUCUUAAUUAAGGAGCAUAGCUACGUGCCUAACGAGAGAAAGAAUCAACUCUCACUCUUAUUUUUAUCAAGCGUUAGAUGGUUUCUUGGUAUUUCAUGCCCCCAAUGUUGUCUUCAAGGCAGCGCUGCCUGGAAGGCACUAGGAUUAGGCAUGGGUUAAGGUUAGGGUUGGGGUAAGGUUUAGGAUUAGGUGCCUUUAAGUCAAUGGUGGCAGCGCUGCCUGGAAGACGACGUUGGGGGCAUAAAACACCAUCGAGCCGUUAGAUGGGGGACUGCACAAAAUGUGAGGAAGACUCCUGCACACGUCCCCUGGGAGAUCACCUCCAUGAACAGAGCACAUUCUCAUACCUGAAACUGUGUGCCUUUAUUUGCCUACGACAGCCUUGAGCUACUCUGUAUCCGGUCCUAUACAGACUUCUACAACAGCGUCUCUUAUUCCCCUCAAUAUGAGGUUAACCCUCCAGAACUCCGCAUCGUUCUAUAAACAGAUAAACAGACUUGAGGUGAGCUAAUGAACUGUAGAACUGACUUGUUUGUUUUCGGUCUCCUUUGACAGUUGAGGAUUUACAAAGGGGAUUGCAUGACUUGUUUUUCACCCAUAUGAUAACUUAGGAGUUGAUUACUUUACAUGCCCAUUUUACAGAUAUGUACUGUAUACAGAUAUAUCUGUACCAAGUUAUGAGUUAUAUGUCCAGCCUUCCAUGGCCAAAUGGCUUAGUGAGAGGCUUCGGUGAUGCUCUCCAGAGCUACAUCUAAUUGAGAAUCUCUUAGCGGUCACUGUUCUCCCAUUAGUUGCCUUCAGUCAGGAAGUGGAUGGGAAUCAAAGUUAAUGUGGGGGGUUGUUCCACAUUUAGGCAAGGUUGAGCCCUCGCUGGAACCAAAGUAAACAUCUCCCCAUGUCAUUUGAAGCUGAAAUUGGGACCUGAAGACAAAGCAAUUGUUUAAGUCAAAACAACCAUCGACUAAGCAAAAUGAUUGUGAUUGUAUUCACAAUGAGAUUUUGUUUGAAAAGGGACAUCACACUACUUGUAUUGCCUUAAUGUUUUGGACAAACAGAAGUAUAUGCAACACUACCCUGAUGGUGGGGAACUUCUAAACAUAUAUCUUUUUUUUUUCUUGUAAAUUCGUAUGAGAAUUUGGAAAAUCUUUUUUUUUUUCUCAGAGAUUAAAUUGAGCCUGAUAUGUGAUGCAUGUUAUCUUUGAGAUGACAAUAAAACUCAACCAAACAACA